CCGCGAACUACACAUUAUUCAUUUGGGGGACAGUACAUCACCUCCAUUCUUCUCUUCCGUAUAUAAAGAAGAUAUCUCCAGAGGAUGCAGUUAGUUUAUUAGUGUUAGAUUUGUGGCUGUAUGGGAUAUUUUUUUCAAUUGCGAUCCAUCGGUAUUGCACAGAAUGAAAAUUUUCUACACAUUCGCAGUGGCAUACGCAGUAUGUUUAUUAGCCGUAGAAAUUUCAGGGGAACAAAACACAAAAACCAAACGCGGUAAAAAAACCAAUCUACGACCGUCCCGUCAGCUUAAUAACAACAAUGCAGACCAGAUGGUUCAAAAUAUCCUAAAAUGGCUACAAGACGUUUACGGACAACAAAGUAGAUCUAUUCGUCAAGAUGCUCUUAGGGAAUACUUACCACCAACAAUGUCUCAGAAACCAAGACCUUUCGAGCCCAGACCUGUAGAUAAUGGAGGUGGGGUCGAUAAUAACGGAAAUUUCGUAGAUUCUGGUUAUCCUCCUGCUGGUAGUGUGACACCGCAACCACCUUUUACUAUCUACACUAACCCGGCUACUGGAGGAAUUACGGGGAUCGGAUCUCCUGGAAUACCCGAUGAAUAUUCUACCGGAAGUACUGAAACAGUAUCUUCUGCAACUACAAAUUUUCCUCUUAAAACAGAUGUUACAGAAGUUUCUAGUGGUUCAACAAAACUUUCGGAUGUAACGGAAAAUAAUCAAGAUACUGAACCUUCUCUAGAAAUAGACAUUACUUCGGGAACUACUUACCUUCCUCCUGUUCCUGAAAGUAUUCCAACAAAGCUUCCAGAUGUAACAGGAAGUGAUACAGGUACGGAAUUUCCUCCUGGUACAGAAAUCCCAUCUGGGACUGGAAUUCCUUCUAUUACAGAAGUUCCAGGUCUCCAAACUGACAUUCCUCAAGUAACAGACAACGAUCAAGGUACGGAAUUUCCUCCUGGUACAGAAAUCCCAUCUGGGACUCGAAUUCCUUCUAUUACAGAAGUUCCAAGUCUCCAAACUGACCUUCCACAAGUAACAGACAACGAUCAAGGUACGAAAUUUCCUCCUGGUACAGAAAUCCCAUCUGGGACUCGAAUUCCUUCUAUUACAGAAGUUCCAAGUCUCCAAACUGACCUUCCACAAGUAACAGACAACGAUCAAGGUACGGAAUUUCCUCCUGGUACAGAAAUCCCAUCUGGGACUGAAAUUCCUUCUAUUACAGAAGUUCCAAGUCUCCAAACUGACCUUCCACAAGUAACAGACAACGAUCAAGGUACGGAAUUUCCUCUUGGUACAGAAAUCCCAUCUGGGACUCGAAUUCCUUCUAUUACAGAAGUUCCAAGUCUCCAAACUGACCUUCCACAAGUAACAGACAACGAUCAAGGUAUUGAAUUAUUUCCGGAAACAAAACUACCUUCUGGUACUACAUAUCUUCCUCCCAAAGAAGAUGUUACAGAACUUCCCGGCAUUUCAUCAGAACUUCCCGACGUCACAGAAAAUAAUCAAGGUACCGAAACAUCUUCUGGUACAGACAUUCCACUUGGGUCUACUUCUCUUCCAGUUACAGAGGGACCAAGUGUUCCAACAGAAGCCACAGACCGAGGUGAUCAAGGUACAGAAUCUUCUCCGGAACCAGAAUUUCCAUCUGGAGCUACUUCCUUUACGGUUGUGUCGGAAGGACCAACAGAAACACCAAAUGAAGGCACAACACCAGGUCCAGAAAGUCCAACUCAAGGUCCACAAGUGACAGAACAAGUAACUGGUUAUCCGACGAGACCUCCAUACCAACCGGGUAUUUCAACCCAACCCCCAGAAUUAAUUGUACCUGGUGGCGGCGACCAAACGUCAGGAAUUUCAGAGCAAACUCCAGGUACUUCGGAACAAGGGAUUCCCGAAGUAACUCCUGGAUACACAACAGGGACCCCCGUACAAGAAACGCAAGGUUAUCCUUCGGGUAAACCACAGUCUGAACCAACCGGAUACCCUUCGAUUGGAACGUCGCCUCCUUCGGGUUUUACUGCUUCGACAGAAAUUUCCAGUUUCCCCACAAUUAAACCGACGACGGGAGAACCAGCAGAAACUGAAUCUCCAUCUAAACCAAUCGAAGAAACUGAAGGUCCGCUACCAAGUUCCGAGUCGCCGACUGCUCAGCCAUCGAGCGCUAUUCCGGAGGUUACCGGUACUGUUACUGAAGGAAUUACCGGCCAGACCGAAGGAAAAUUGCCCGGCGCAUCUAGCGAAACACCAACAGAAGAUAAUCCUGCUACGGGCGAAGAAAAUGCCGUUAAAGGCGUUCCCGAUGACGAUGACUCGAAACAUCCUCCUCAUAUCCACGCUUUGGACGUUCAAUGCGCCAAAGAAAUGAUGACCAUCGACAUAGAAUUCAAUAGGGAGUUUGACGGUGUCAUAUACUCGAAGGGGUACUACAACAUGCCGGAAUGUCGGUACGUCAACGAAAAUUCCGGACAAACCAAGUAUACGUUCACCGUCAAUCUAAAUAUGUGCGGCACCGAAUUCGUGAACGCUUUCGACACGGAAGGCAGAAGUUAUUUGGAGAACGUUCUAGUUCUCCAAAACGAAGCUGGUAUACAAGAGGUUUGGGAUACGGUUAGAUCCGUCCGAUGCCUUUGGGAAGGUAGCCUCAAAGAGCAGCUCAGCGUUACGUUAAUGGUCGGAAUGUUAUCACAAGAAAUAGUUACGUUCAGCGGCGAUACAGCCAUGGCGAAAUUGGACGUCGUAUUAGGAAGAGGUCCAUUUGGUCAGCCAGCAAGCGGCUUAGUCAAAAUAGGAGAACAAAUGACAUUAGUGGUAUCGGUAUCGGGAGAUCCAGGUUUCGACGUCCAAGUGAAAGAUUGUAGAGCUGCAGAUUCUUCUGGCAGUAAUAUCGUACCGCUGACAGACGACAACGGAUGUAUAUUGAAACCAAAACUGUUCGGAUCUUUCCAAAAAACAAGAAACACUGGUGAAACCGGAGCUUCGAUAAUCGCUUAUGCUUACUUCAACGCUUUCAAAUUCCCGGACGUGAUGGAUAUAAUGAUAGAAUGCAAUAUAGAGCUCUGUAAAACCGAUUGCGAAAUGUGUCCAGAGCCUAAUCAGCAGAUAGAACCAGCGAAACGAAGGAAACGUGAUAUUAGCAACGAGACUUUACACGAUUCGGUUUUAAUGGCGAAACACCUUCGGGUUGUUUUACCGGAAGAUCUGGCCUCCUCGGUGGAUUUAGUCCAACGCGACGGUGUUUGCGUGUCUACGCAAAGUUUCGUUUAUUCAACUUCGAUUUUAAUAUCUUUACUCACUGCUAGUUGUUUAUUGAGUGCUUAUCUAUGGUUUACUAAGCAAAAACAAAAAUCAGUGCAGUUUUAAAAUAAUUUUUCCAACGCUAAAGUGUGUUUUGAAAGGUCUGAUAAAAUUUCAUCAGCCCAUUGUGCCACAAUUCUUGAGAUUUUGAUUUAUUGCAAAACGAUCUUUCAAAAUAUCACUUCAAAAAUAUGUUUAAAUUGAUCUAUAAACGUGGCAACGUCGCUGGUAACUGACAACCUAUAAAAUAUAACCUCAAAUUUAAAAUUGAGAUAACUUCUAAUCAAAAUCAAUUAACCGUGAGUAAUCUUGAAAAUUUUUUAUUUCUAGGUUAUGUUUCUGACGUCAUUGCGUAUCCUAAUUACUUUAUUUACGUUUUAUUUCUUGAAAUGGCUUUUAUUUUAAUUUUUUGUGGUAAAUAUUUAGUAUAUACUAUCAUUUUUAACAGCCAAAAAUCGUUUUUGUUUCAUUUCAAAGAACUAUUACUGUUUUAAUUUGUUUUUAAUAAGAAAUUUAUCGAACAAUGUAGUAAAUAGUGAAAAAAAUAGAAAAGUAUAUCAAUAAAAAUCGUUAAAAUUAAAAAGCGCGAAGGAAACAAAAAAAUUGGGACUCGAAGAGACGUCACAAAUUUAACCUUAAAGUUCGAAACUCUUCUAUAUUAUAUUAACGACUGAUCGAUUAUGACAUUUGUUAAAUUGAUUUAUAGUCAGUGUAAAAUUGCGAUUUAGUAGUAAAUAGAUUUAAAACUAAUGUUAGCAAGGCGAGUGCGCUCAUAAAAUCGAUUUUUGGUAACAUUAGCACGUAUGAUCAGCUAUUUUUAUUCAGUUAGAUGGAAAUAAUUGAAAUAACAAAGUAAACAAACCAACUGGAACUUGAAGAGACGUCAAAAACAUAACCUUAAAGUGCGAAACUAUUCUAUCUAUAUUGAGGGCUACUCGAUUUAGUUUGAAUCGAUUCAUCCUCAUUCUGCAAUCACGAUUUGGUGUUAAAUCGAUUUAAAAGUAGUGCGCUGAUAAAAUCGAUUAUUGGUGGCAGUGGUACGUAUGGUCAGCUAUAUUAUUCGUUUGGUGGUUAUAAAUGAUGUUCUUUACUUUGUGAUUUUCCUCAUUUGCAAUGAUUUUUCUGUCAUAUGUCCUACUUUUCACCCUUUCCUGGUCCAUAUUGGUCUUUACUUUGUAAUUUUCCUCAUUUGCCGCGAUUUUUUUUCUUAUAUAUCCUACUUUCCGCCAUUUUCUGGUCCAUAUUGGUCUUUACUAUGUAAUUUUCCUCAUUUACAGUGAUUUUUUUUCUUAUAUAUCCUACUUUCCACCCUUUUCUGGUCUAAAUUGGUCCUUACUUUGUAAUUUUGCUCAUUUCCAGUAAUUUUUUUCUCAUAUAACCUCCUUUCCAUCCUUUUCUGGUCUAAAUUGGUCUUUACUUUGUAAUUUUUCUCAUUUCCAGUAAUUUUUUACUUAUAUGUCCCACUCUUAUGACUCACAAUAUUUUUGAUUUCUUCUUCUUUCUUCUUAAUAUCUUAUUGAAAUAUCAGGGUAGAUUAUGUAAAAAUUGAAUAAAAAACCUUUCAAAUCAAUAAAAUCUUUAUUCUAAACCAGUAUUUCCCAACCUUUUUUGUGCCACGCCCUUUCUAAAAUUAUAUUAUAAAAAUACAUAAUAUAAAAUUAUACCUAAUAAUUAAAUUUGCAUUUGAAUGGCCCGAAGCGAAAGCGAAGAAAUACUGUUCUAGAAAAGUAUUCAACACAAUCUGUUCUUUAAAGCGAAUCUUGAACUAAUGUUUAGUUGUGAUCUCAAGUAUCAAUAUCUCGAAAAUGAAGCGAGAUAUCGAAAAACUUUGUUCUUUAUUUUCCUUCGGUUAGUUUGACUUCAGAUUGCGACAUCAUAGAAAUCAUAUUCUCCUUCUGGUCCAUUAGAAUUUUUCACACUUUGAGAUAAUUUUCCUUUUUUUGUUAUUGGGCUUGUUUCUUUCCUUUUUAUUUCCCCUCUCAUAUUCUGUCUCCAAUUUGCAUUUCACUACCUUUUCCAGUUAAUCAGACAGGGUGAUAAUUAUAGAGGUAUAGUUUAUAUCACAAUAGGUAAAAUUGGAAUUCACACAAUUUUAUAUAUACUGAGAAAAAUAUAUUUUUUCUUAAUUAUGUCUUCCGUACUUCAUAAUAAUAACUGCAGUUAAAUCCCCUUACAAAGUACUGUAGGUUUUAUCAAAUUAAUCAUAAUUGAACUUCAUUUUUUUAUUUACAAUUUAUAAUAGGAUACUGGCAUAUUAGCUUCGAUUCGUAGUCUUAUAGUAUUUAAAAUAUUGACAGAUCUUUUCACUGCCAUUUAUAAAUGUAAAAAAUGUAAUAAACUGCCUUUUUAAAAAAAA